AUGAUAGCAAAUGAACAACAACAAUCUCUGUGGAUUCAACAACAAGCAAAGGACCAGGAAGAGCUGAAGAUCAUCCGAACGGAGUUGCUAGAGAUGGUGAAGAUAAUGGAGAUGCAUCGUCAGAACCAGAUAAAGAGAAAAGAAGAGACAGAAGCUAAAAUAGCAGAAAUGAAAAAAUAUUACUACUCAGAGGAAGGGAUGGAGGCUGAGAAGGCUAAAUGGAGACAAAUUUACUACUCAAGCUUGAAGGAGAAGGAGAAAGUAGACCAUGAGGAGGAAGAAGCAUCCGUCAAAGUUUAUGAGUCAGAAUCAGAAUGCAAGACCACACCAUCGUCAUCACUGUCGGAAUUUGAAGCAACUAGCGAAGGAAAGACAGCCCACGAGGAGGAAGAUGAAGUAUCAUCGGAAUUUUCUGAGUUGGAAUUGGAAUCCGAGCCACCGUCGCAGUUUCCACCAGCAGCGCUGCCGCCGAAACAACCAACCCCGCUGUCGUCUCCGCCAUCUCUAGGGUAUGAGAGCAGAAAAGAGAAUGAGAUGAAGAACUUAGGUGGAAAAGUUCCUGAGUCGGAAUCAAAACCAAAGAAGGCACCACAACCACCUAUGCUGUCACAGCCGCCACCUUGCCCUCCCCUGUCGCCGCCACAUUCACCUUCACCACCACCAUCACCGGUGAUAUUUCAAUCAGCAGGAGUAAUGAGAAAAUCAGCUCUGGACCAGGAAGGAUCGAACCAGAUGUUGAACAUGGCGACUCUGGUAUGGACGAAUCCAAAUGGCGAAAUUCCGGUAGCAGAAAACCAUUUAGAAACGGGAGCCACCGGGCGAUGUUGUGUGUUUUCGCAGAUCAGGAAGCAAACGGAAUACUCACAAAUGGGAGAUAGCGGCUCCCUUAAGCGACGUAAACACUCUAACUUAAGCCCAAUUGUUAGUAAAUCAUCUAAGGCUAAAGAGACCUUCAGCAGCCCAUGUGAGAUUGAAUCACUGAGUACGCAUUCAAUCCCACAGUCGGCGAACUUGGCGCCAACUCUUACGUUCGUAACUCCUACUUUAGCACCACCUGCAUCGUUGUUUCCUAUAAUCUUAAAUCUAGAUAUGAGUAUGGAGUUUUCGUUGAAUCAAAUGCAACACACACACAAUUCAUCAUCAUCUCUAUCGAUGUACAGUUCCAAUUCAACUUCUGAAAUACGAAAAGAAGACCCCCUCAAGCUUGCUGCCGAAGACUACUUAUCUGGGAUUUUGAUGUUGUACCUCCAGAAAGGAAUGGUGGACCAGGCACUCCAACCGUUCGACAAAAUGCUUCAACAUCAGAACCGCAUCUUUAAUGAAAAAUCUCCUUGUCAAGAGGCAUUUCUAAAAGCUUUACCAGGUGAUAAUGAAAGAUUUAGUGCAAACAGUAGGGAGGUAAAGUAUCUAAAAGGAGGUUAUGUUGCUUCGAAUUUCAAGAAAGUUCAUGCAAUGGGUGCUGCAAAUUUUAUUUCUUAUGUGAUUAUCAUGAACCCUGUGGGUCAGAUUGGAACUGUAUAUGCUCUGAUGUUCCAUUGUUUGGUUGUGAAGUUGGCUGAGAUUUUGACUAGGAUUGAUAAAGAAAGAGAGAAAGAAAAACUUGAGAUUCCUAGUAAAGGGAAGAAUGUAUCAAGGUCUGCUGUCAUCUGGAUGGGGAAGAAACCAGAAACUGUUGGAGACAUAAUUAGCUUAGAUAGGACGGGAAAAAGCCCAGAAGUUGUGGGUGCUAUGCAUGUUGUUUCUGGAAUCUAUUAUGCAUACGGUGAAAAUAACAGAUUGCAUGGGAAGGAAUGGGUUCAAUUUUUUGUUGAGAAGGGUGAUGCUGAUAAAGAAAAUAUUGAUGUGCUAACUGAGGUCGAGCAAGUGGAUGUGAUAACUACAAAUCAGAGCAAUACUGAGGAAGCAAAGAUAACAAGGUUGUAUGUUAGAAUUUGGGUGAUAUUGACCAUUUUUAUCCACCUUAAAGGGAUGAAAGUUAAAAAAAAUAGCAACAAGAAUGAAAUGGAAUGGCUGGUGCAGUGGCCAAGGUUUCCGGAAGCAGAAGCAACGUGGGAAGAAUUCAAGAAGAUGAAACUAAGGGUUCUGGAUGUUCACCUUGAGGACAAGGUGAAAGUUUGGGACGCCGGUAUUGAUAAGCCCCAAGCUUUUGAAAUGUUGCUUCAUAUCAAUUUCUACGCAUUCACCGGAGGUUGGAUGCAUAAUCUUCCUUCACACUCGCUCGCUGGCUUGGCUACUGAAGGGAGAGUUUCAUCGGAAAAUAAUCAGGAGAGCUAA